ACGCACACAAUGACGCGUGGUGUGUUGCGGUUGUGCUGCCAGCAGGGAGAUGCACUGCUGCAAGUAACGAGACCGUUGCAUCCGCUGCGUUUGUUUUCAGGUAGCGUAAAACUAUUGCAGAAAGAUGGCAAACCGGCAACGGCUGUUAAAGGUGUUCCCUACCAAAAUCUGGUAAUCGGUGUACCGAAGGAACGAUGGGCAAACGAAAAGCGAGUUUCCGUUACUCCAGUUGUCGCUGGAACGCUCAUCAAGAAAGGAUUCAAGGUGCAGAUUGAAAGUGGAGCCGGUGUAAAUGCAAAGUUCCGUGAUGCCGAUUACGAAGCUGCCGGAGCUAGCAUCGUGGAUAGUCGACGGGCAUUUGAAACUGACAUUGUGCUGAAAGUACGGCAACCGAUCGAUCCGGAAAUUCCUCAGCUGAAGGAUGCCUCAACGUUGAUCUCCUUCCUGUAUCCCACCCAAAACAAGGAACUGAUUGAUAAGCUGGCACAAAGAAAGAUUAAUGCAUUUGCUAUGGACGCCAUUCCGCGAAUUUCCCGCGCACAAGUGUUCGAUGCACUUUCCUCGAUGGCAAACAUUUCCGGCUAUCGGGCGGUCAUUGAAGCGGCCAACCAUUUUCCUCGCUUCUUUACCGGUCAAAUAACGGCUGCCGGUAAGGUACCGCCGGCCAAGAUUCUGGUGAUUGGUGGUGGUGUGGCAGGAUUGGCAGCGAUCGGGCAGGCCCGUGGUAUGGGUGCGAUCGUACGUGCGUUCGACACGCGUCCGGUGGUGAAGGAACAGGUAGAAAGUAUGGGCGCAGAGUUUUUGACCAUCAACAUUAGUGAGGAUGGUUCGACGGCCGGUGGAUACAGUAAGGAGAUGAGCAAGGAGUUUAUCGAGGCAGAAAUGGCUCUGUUUGCGAAGCAAUGUAAAGAGGUGGAUGUGAUCAUUACCACGGCACUUAUUCCCGGCAAAAAGGCACCACUACUUAUUACGGAGGAAAUGGUCAAAUCAAUGAAGCCGGGCAGUGUGAUCGUCGAUCUCGCGGCAGAAGCUGGUGGCAAUGUGCAGACAACUGUGCCCGGUGAGAUUAAAGUCGUGCAUGAUGUGGUACAUGUUGGACUGACCGACUUCCCGAGCCGUCUGCCAACCCAGAGCUCCACACUGUACGCCAACAAUAUCUCCAAGUUUUUGCUUUCGAUGGGCGAAAAGGAUCACUUCCACAUCAAUCUCGAGGAUGAAGUUGUGCGUGGAAGUAUAGUGCUGCAGGGAGGCAAUCUGAUGUGGCCACCGCCAGUUAUUGCUGUGUCCGCCAAACCCCCACCAGCUGUAGCUGCAGGUGCGGGUUCUGGUGCUGCUAUUAAGGUGGAAGCUCCACCGGCCGAUCCCUUCAAGGAAACGCUCCGCAGUAGCCUAAUGUAUACGGGUGGUCUUGGCACGCUGCUUGGGCUCGGAGCAGUCGCACCGAAUGCUGCCUUUACCACCAUGAUGACUACGUUUGCCAUGUCCGGAAUUGUGGGCUAUCAUACGGUGUGGGGUGUAACGCCAGCACUGCACUCUCCGCUAAUGUCCGUCACGAAUGCCAUUUCGGGAAUUACGGCCGUCGGUGGAUUGCUGCUGAUGGGUGGUGGUGUAAUGCCUUCGAACACGAUCGAAACGCUCGCUGCUGGAGCGGCUCUCAUCUCGUUCGUUAACAUCUUUGGUGGGUUCUUGGUGACGCAGCGGAUGUUGGACAUGUUCAAGCGUCCGACGGACCCUCCGGAGCAUAACUACCUGUACGGUAUUCCGGCGGCCCUGUUCCUAGGAGGUUACGGUGUCGGUGCUCUGCAGAAUCUGCCCGAAAUUCAUCAGAUGGCGUACCUUGCGUCGAGUCUUUGCUGUAUCGGUGCGCUUGUUGGACUGUCCUCGCAAAAAACUUCCCGGCUGGGUAAUGCGCUCGGUAUGAUGGGUGUUACUGGUGGUAUUGCUGCUACCCUUGGACAUAUGGCACCGAGCACUGAGGUGUUGAUGCAGAUGGGUGGUGUUGCUGGACUAGGUGGAUUGAUUGGGUCGAUCAUUGCGAAGCGUAUUCAGAUUACGGAUCUACCACAGUUAGUAGCUGCCUUCCACAGUCUUGUCGGUGCGGCGGCUGUACUCACCUGUGUGGCUACGUACAUGCAUGACUUCCCAACGUUGGCGACCGAUCCCGCUGCGAACGUGCUCAAGACGGCACUGUUCCUGGGUACUUACAUUGGAGGUGUCACGUUUAGUGGAUCGCUCGUUGCAUACGGAAAGCUGCAGGGUGUCCUUAACUCAGCUCCACUGCUUCUCCCAGGCCGACACUUUAUCAAUGGAGGAUUGCUGGCCGGUAAUUUGGCCGCUAUGGGUGCGUUCUACCUUGAACCAUCGAUGGCUGGAGGAUUAGGUCUGCUAGGAGCAACGGCCGCUAUGUCCACAGCGAUGGGAGUUACGCUGACGGCGGCAAUCGGUGGAGCCGACAUGCCGGUCGUUAUUACGGUGCUAAACUCGUAUUCUGGCUGGGCGCUAUGUGCGGAAGGUUUCAUGCUGAACAACAACCUUAUGACGAUUGUCGGUGCUCUGAUUGGUUCGUCCGGUGCCAUUCUUUCCUACAUCAUGUGCAAGGCAAUGAAUCGCUCGCUGCCGAACGUCAUCCUCGGUGGAUACGGUACCACCUCGACUGCUGGUGGUAAACCGGCCGAGAUCGUGGGCACUCAUACGGAGGUCAAUGUGGAUGGAGUGGUGGACAUGAUCAAGAAUUCCAAGAACAUUAUUAUUACGCCUGGAUACGGGUUGUGUGUGGCUAAGGCACAGUAUCCGAUCGCUGAGAUGGUCAGUUUGUUGAAGGCUCGUGGUAAGAAGGUGCGAUUCGGUAUUCAUCCGGUUGCUGGCCGUAUGCCAGGACAGUUGAAUGUGCUGCUAGCGGAGGCUGGUGUACCGUACGAUGAUGUUUUGGAGAUGGAGGAGAUCAACGAUGAUUUUGACGAGACGGACUUGGUGCUGGUGAUUGGUGCGAACGAUACGGUAAACAGCGCUGCCGAAGACGAUCCCAACUCGAUCAUUGCCGGUAUGCCGGUGUUGCGUGUGUGGAAGGCGGAUCAGGUUGUUGUCAUGAAACGCUCGCUUGGUGUCGGAUACGCGGCCGUGGACAAUCCAAUCUUCUACAAACCGAACACAUCCAUGCUGCUCGGUGACGCCAAGAAGACGUGUGAUGCGUUGCUAGGCAAGAUCAAGGAAGACAACUAAGGAAGGGAAAAUGAUUAAGGAC